AUGGUUGCAGAGACUCGGUCAGCGAAAAGAGCUGCUGCUGCAGCUUCUACUAGCACUACUUCUUCAUCACCAAAUAGUCAUAUCACUUGUUUGUCGUCAUUCUCAUCUUCUAUAUCUACAUCAGUGACUACAUCAGGUAACACUCGAGGCAGAAAAAUUAAUCGAGAAAAUGUUCGUAGUUCCUCACCAUCAAUACCACGUUCAAGUUUAAGUAAAAGCGAACGUUCAGUUACAGUGCAAUUAUCACCUAAAUUCAAAAAUUCUUCAUCAAUUAUGUCUUCAUGUUCAUCAUCAUCAUCUUCUUCAAUAUCAUCUCGAUCUUCGUCUACAUCUUCUACAUCAUCGAACGACAGUAUUUCUUCGUUAAAUUUGUCUUCACUGUCACUAACAUCAACAACAGAUUGUCCUAAAUCAUCUCCACCAGUUCAAUCUACGGCUGUUGAUAAUCCUAUACCAUGGUACAAAUCUCAACGUGGUAUAACUAUUUGUUUAGAUGGUUAUACAUAUCAAAUUCAUGGUCCACUUAAAACAGGAAUUAAAUGGAAAUGUUAUUUGUAUCGUGAUCCGAAUAAAAGAUGCCCACGCUUCAUCAUUACAUCAGCAAAUACUGGUACACCAGAUGCACCAGUUUAUACCUAUAUUAAGGCAACAGCUGAGCACAAUCAUUCUCCUGAUCCAAUAGUGCAAAAGAAAAAUAUUUUUAUUUCAAAAUUGAAAGAUUUAUCAUCUGAUCCCAGUGCUCCGCCUUCAGUCGGACAAUAUAAUAAGUUAAUAGCACAAAUGACAUUCACACAUGAAGAAAUGAAACACUUACCAACAUUUAAAAGCCUAAGAACAACAUUAUGGCGAGCUCACCAUAAGAAUAUGCCAACUCUGCCAAAAGAUGUUUUAUUCUCAAUAUCUGAACAAUUUAAAGUAACAAACGAUGAACAAGAAUUUAUUGUUAUUGAUCAUAUUUAUGGAAAAGAACAAAAGAGAAUUAUUUUGUUUUCCGGUCCUGAACAAUUUAAAUUAUUAUGCAUCAGCACCCAGUUAUUUGCUGAUGGUACCUUUGUCGUUACACCAUGUCCAUUCAAGCAAACUUAUGUAGUUCAAGCAUUACAUGAAUCAGGAAUUGUAAUACCAGUUGCUUGGAUUUUACUCAACAACAAGAAAACCUUGACUUAUCAAUUAUUAUUUAAACUUUUACAAUCAGCAGCACAAGAAAGAAAACUAAAAUUCUCACCUAAACGUUUGAUGACUGAUUUUGAAACUGCAGUCAAAUCAACAUUUACAAUAUUAUUCCCUAAAACAAUUCAUGAUGGAUGCUUUUUUCAUUAUUUAAAAUCCAUCAUUAAACGUUUAAAGAAAUAUGGCUUAUGGAAGAAUUAUUUAAUUGAUGAUCAUGUUUAUUUGCUUGUAAAAAAAUUAAUGUCAUUACCGAUGUUAAAACCUGAUUUAAUGGUUGUUGGAUAUAAUUUGAUAGAAAAAGAGCUUGGUGAAAAUAAAAAUUUGAAACAAUGUAAAGUUCAAUUAAAUCGUUUAUUUGUUUACUAUUAUAAUCAAUGGUUGAAACCAGGACAUAUUCAAAUGGUCAAUGUUUAUGGAAAAGAAUAUAGAACAAAUAAUUUCAGUGAAAAUCAUUCCAUAAAAUCUCCAGCUUAUGAAAAAAUGACUCAACAAUAA